UGCAGAGGGAGCGGAGCCGCGGCUGGGACAAAGUCAAAUGCAACCCGGCGGCGGCGGCGGCUUCUGCUCAGAAAGUGAGAGGGAGUCGGUCCUGUCAUGCAGCUACAGAAGCUCUGAAAAGUGUUUGGGAUUAAGUUUGGAUUAUUAUUCUGACAGCAGGUCAAGCGUAAUUAUGAGCUGAGAAAUGAACAACAUCGAUGACACCGAAGGAAGACGCAGAGGUGAUGGAGGAGCCGCCACGACGUUAGACCAGAACAGAUGAGCGCGAUGAGUUAUUGUGCGGGGACCGUUUGAGUGCUUCGUGGACUCGGACUAACUUCUAUCAUGCAUAAGAGAUGGAUGCGACGCAGGCUGCCUGUCGUGAUCUUCACCUUCUUCAUCAUUCUUUACGUGGAUUUUCAGUUACGCUCCAGCAGUCCCCCCAAACUGACUGUGGCUCACCGUCCGUCACCCGGCGCGCCUCAGCGCUCCAUCCAGCAGGCUCCAUCCCCGGCCAAGGAGGCGCAGAAGAAGAGCAGCAGCGGGGACGAAGGACAGCGGGCCACUGAAGGCGCACAUGUCACCCCUCCGAAACUGAAGCUGGAAGACAUCUUCAUCGCCGUGAAGACCACCGGGAGGUUCCACAAGGCGCGUCUUGCGCUCCUUUUGGAGACGUGGAUCUCCAGGACCAAGGCGCAUACCUUCAUUUUCACAGACAUGGAGGACGAGGACUUGCGUUCAAAAGGCCAUAACAUGGUGGUAACAGGCUGCCAGUCAGACCACAGCCAGCAGGCUCUGUCCUGCAAGAUGUCUGCCGAGUACGACGGCUUCAUGGCCUCAGACAAGAGGUGGUUUUGUCACGUGGACGAUGAUAACUACGUGAACCCGGAGGCCCUCCUCUCUCUGCUCUCAGCCUUCCCCCAGGACGGCGACAUCUACGUGGGCAAACCGAGUCUGGACAAGCCCAUCACCGCUCACGAACUGCUGGAGGGGAAUGCAACGAGGGAGGUGCAGUUCUGGUUCGCGACAGGAGGAGCAGGGUUCUGUUUGAGUCGGCGACUGGCGGAGAAGAUGGCUCCCUGGGCCAGUGGCUCCCGCUUCGAGCAAACGUCGGCGAAAAUCCGUCUCCCUGACGACUGCACGGUGGGCUUCAUCGUGGAGAAGAGGCUGGGAGUCUCCAUGGUCCACUGUCCUUUAUUCCACUCCCACCUGGAAAACCUGCUGCUCAUCAGCCACAGAAGCAUAUCACACCAGGUGACUCUCAGCUACGGGAUAUUUGAGAACAAGAUGAACAGCAUCGAGGUGAAGGGGAAAUUCUCGAAGGAGGAAGACCCGUCCAGGACACAAGACUUUGCUGACACAAUUUCACAGCCCAGCAGUUGGGGAGGGACAAGAUGUCAGAUACGUGUCAUCACACAGCACGAGAAGUGGGGUUAAUGAGCUUCUCUGCAGAGGUUUGCAUCACCUGUUUGCACCUCAUGUCAUGAAAAGGACAGUCAGAGUGAAGUUAAAGCUAAGAGGGCCACCAGGUGGGGCUCAGGGAAGCUCCCUGAACCGACACCAGCUAACAGGAGGGAGGACAUGUUGUGAUCUCCGUGCUGGAGGUAAAUAAAAAGAAUCAUAAAGAGGCCUAAACAUUGUGAUAUCGCUGUGUGGCCUCUUUGUCAGAUGUUUCUGCCCGACUAUUUUUAGCUGCUUAAGCUUCUGCAGCAGCUCGUUUGUAUGAGUGCAGUCGACAGAGGACAACACAAAGUCAGAGAUAACUUAAUGUCCCCUCUAACACGCACACUGCAAACCGACAGUCGCCACAGUUCACUGUGCACGCUGCACGCUGCAUGGACUCAAAUGAAAGGCGGUGCUGCUCUUCGCUGUUACUUUUAGCCUCAUCUGGUUGGAAGUUUUGCGACUGAGAUUCUCCUACUUUAAUGUUCAUAUGUCGGCGAGGGUCACUGUUUAGUGUUGUAUCAAAAGUAAUUAAAUGUAACGUAGAAGUUUAAGAUCCUGCCAUCCUGACUGCCUUAGCAGCCACUGACCUUACAGCAGCCCAUGUUGCUGAUCCACACUCAGUAUACGCUGACUUGCUUCAUUCACUGCCUGUUUUUGAGAUGCACUUUAUCAGAUGUUAAAACGUUAUAUUUAUUGAGCUUAUGAGCCUUGCUCUUAGGCCCGACAACCAUAUAACUGCAAAAACAGAUUGCAAAAUGUUUUUGUCGGAGAGCCACAUUUGGUUUGCUAUUUGCAGAUCACUUUAUUUGCAGAAUAUGUAAACACUUAUCUUAGCAUUUACACUGCAUCAAACAUGCAGAAUUCAGCCUUGCAGGGGGGCUUUUUUUGAUUUUGAAAACUCAGUUCGUAUU